UCCUCCCCCGCCCGCUUCCGCCCGGCUUAUUAUCCUCCUUAUUGACAAACAGAGCGGCCGCGGCGGCGACUCUCGGCGUGCGUUUGUGGCCAAGCCAUGGGAGACAAGAAGAGCCCUACCAGGCCGAAGCGGCAGCCGAAGCCGUCCUCGGAUGAGGGUUACUGGGACUGUAGCGUCUGCACCUUCCGGAACAGCGCCGAGGCCUUCAAGUGCAUGAUGUGCGAUGUGCGGAAGGGCACCUCCACCCGAGAAGAAAAAGCUGGAUCACUUACCAGUAACUGGAGUUCUCCUAUUGGGUAAUCUCCACAGAUCCACAUUCUUUGAAGUUAUUGUGAAUGCCUUGAGGACCAAGGGACCGUUGAAAUUUCCAAUUUCAGGAAGGAAACCUCGACCUGUCUCCCAGUUGGUUGCACAGCAGGUUACUCAGCAGUUUGUGCCCCCUACACAGUCAAAGAAAGAGAAAAAAGAUAAAGUAGACAAAGAAAAAAGUGAAAAGGAAACAACUAGCAAAAAGAACAGUCAUAAGAAAACCAGACCAAGAUUGAAAAAUGUGGAUCGGAGUAGUGCUCAACAUUUGGAGGUUACUGUUGGCGACCUGACAGUCAUUAUUACAGACUUUAAGGAGAAAACAAAGUCACCGCCUGCAUCCAGUGCUGCCUCUGCAGAUCAGCACAGUCAGAGUGGCUCUAGCUCUGAUAACACAGAGAGGGGAAUGUCCAGGUCAUCUUCACCCAGAGGAGAAGCCUCAUCAUUGAAUGGAGAAUCUCAUUAAAGUUUAUUUUCUCCAGUUUCUUAGUCACCUCUGUCGUACCAUGCAGAUAGACAGAUUAUGCCAAGAAGUACCACAUUUUCAUGACAAACGUAUUCAUGCACAAUCCAUAAUUUGUGUUUUACAUAAGAUAGAAAUUUGUUAGAUUUUAUUGCAAUCUCUGCCUACCAAACAUUUCCAGUCUGAACAUUUUGGUCUCCGCAGUUAAAGAUGCCAUGAAAAUGUGGUUGAAUUAUUCAUUAUGCAGUGUUAUUGGUAAGUCUGUUUUCACUUUUAGUUUAGUGAAUUCUAACACAUAAUUCUUGAAUUCUCUACUAUUGGCAUGUAACGAAUUUAAAUUUUUAUAACAUAGUGCAAGCUGCCUAAAUAUGUAUUAUUUGAGAAUUGUGAAACAGAUAGUUAUAUGUAUACAAGUCAAAGAUCAACUUAAUCAAACUAUUGCUGCAACAGGAUUUUCUUAAUGGCUAUCCUCUUAAAUACACCUGCUGGUACUUGGUGUGGUUAAAUAGGAAAAUUGUUAUUAAAUAAAGAAUUUGUAUGAACCGUUGCCAAUGUUUUUGACACAUUUUACUAAAUUAUUGUUCCUGAAUUAUGUUUUUGGUUUUCUAUUUUGGGUUUUUUUUUUUUUUUUGCUUAUAUUACAAAACAUUCAUUUAUUGUAAUGUUUACUAGCAGACUAGUGAACAGUAAAACAGUUAGCUUUAUAGUUCAGGUUUAGUGCUAUUGUCAUGAAACACUGGUAUUUUCUGUAUUAUAUAGAACAUUAAAAUUCAAAUAGUAGUUAUAAGCAUUUGGCAAAAACAGAAAAGAAACCUGCCGUAUUUUAAAAGCUGCAAUUUUGGUAAAGCUUUAACUUAAUAAUAGUUUUAUCACUGUUUCCUUGCCCCGAACUUAUCCAGGGUCAUAGAAGUAUGAAUCUAAUUAAUAGAGAAAUAGGAACUGUUGCACAGAACUGGGAAAUAACUAAUCUUAAAUCAGUUUAAUUGGCCUCUUAAAUACAACAAUUCUUAUAAAAGUUAGAGUGUACUAUUUUCAGAAACAAUUGCCAGUUUAUGGAUUUAUCAAUAUCCUGAACUUUAAAAAAGUAUUUACAGCCCCACUUACUAUUAUGUAAAUUUACCAAUAAAAUAUUUUUAUGACUACA